AUGUUUCUGUCUCCGGAUCGCGACCUGUGGCCCGGAUCGCCCGAUCUCGGAGGACACACCCCUGCGGUCCCCGAUCGGCCUGGGUCUCCGCGCCAUCUAGACCAUCCCGGAUCGCAGAUCCCUCGUCUGCAGGACAAGUUCAAACCUGCUCCAUCGUCUUAG